GCGCCGGCAGACGACAGACCAUAACAUGACGACAGAGUCCACGGAACCGAAGGGGCUUCGGUACUUCAACGGAGAUGGCGGUCAGAGCAGCAAUCAGGAGCUGCGCAAGUGGAUCAAGUGGGUUCGUUCGGCGAUGGCAUGCCGAAAGCUCGAGUCCACGCAGAAGGGGCUUUUCGUCUACACACUGCUGCAGGGAUCAGCGCUGGAGAUUGUGGACCAUCCUGAGUUUGAAGACUAUGAGGUAGAGGACGGUGAACAGAUCCUACUAGACCUCUUGCUGAAGCGCUGGCCUGCGAAAGAACAGGAAGAUAUCCUCGGCGAGCACCUGGAGGCGGUGUUCGCGCUCCAGGGACGGGAAGGGGAACCCAUCGCAGCCUGGCUGGGCCGGGCGAAGGAGGUGUUUCAGAAGUGUGGAGUCAAAGCCAACGUGCAGUUUCCGACGGAGGCCCAGGCCUGGAUCUUGUUGCAUCGGUGCGGGUUUACACCGGACCAGCGGGCCAUCGUGAAGGCGAAGGCGGUGAAGUACACGGCGGACGCCAUGGAAGUGGCGAUUCGAGCGGUGUUUCCCACUUACAAGGUGCCGAAGCAGCGACGUGCCGAGGCGGGCGCGUUCCUGGCUGACCAAGCAGAGGAUGAUGAAGACGGUUUUCCUCCCUCUCUGCUGCCGUGGCAGUAUGAGACGGAGGCGGUCCAGGAGGAUGACUUCGCGGACGUCGAUGCCCUCCUGGCCGAGGGUGCUUUGGAGGCGGCAGUGCCCGAUGAGGUCUUCGAGGAGGCUGAGUUGGUCGAAGUGCUGGCGGCAACGUGGAAGGAGAAACGUCAAGAGAUCAACGAUGCCCGCAAGACGCGGAAUUUCCAGAAAGCAGACAAGCUGCAAAUCACCUUCCACCGCGAGCUCGAAGAGGCCAAGCGGAAGACCCGGUGCCACGCCUGUAAGCAGAUCGGCCACUGGUCCCGAGAGUGCCCGAAGAAGAAGGGCAAGGGUUUCGGCAAGCGCGGCAAGCCUUCGGCGGCGGCGGGGGCAGCGUUCGUGGUCCUGGAAGGAGCCGGAUCGCAUGAUGCCAGCCUGGCCACCGUGCUGCAGCAGAUGCGGGCUCGUCGUGCCGUGGCGGAGCCGGGCGAGGGUAACCCGAUGGAGAUCCUCUUCGCAUGCCCGACGGGCAAAGGUGUGGUGGAUCCUGGCUGUGGCAGGACACUCAUCGGGGAGAACCCGCUGGCGAAGCUGAAGUCUCUGGUGGAGUCCAGAGGCCAGCGCUUGGAGUUCUACGAGGAGAUGAACGUGUUCAGGUUCGGAAACAGUGGUCGAGAGGAGUCGAAUCUGGCGGUCAAGAUCCCUGUCGAGAUCGGCCAGGUGCAGGGCUACAUCACGGCCGCGGUGGUACGGGGGGACGUCCCGCUCCUGCUGAGCAAGCCACUGUUGAAGGCCCUCCAGGGCCGUAUGGAUUUCACGACGAAUCGGAUCUCGUUCGACGCACUGGGGACCACGGUGGACCUCGAGGAGACCGAGUCCGGAAACUAUAUCAUGCCAGUGGUCGCAGACAUCGCGGACGUCUGCACGGUGGCGGCCAGCAACGAGCCGCUAUUGCCGAGGGAGCUCACGACGGAGCCUGAGAGCUUGAAGGGCUCGGUGGAGGAGGAGAAGGAGAAGGCCACGGAGGACACGGAGGAGGAAAUUCCGAAGGAGACCAAUAUGGACGUGGAGAUGAGUCAGGUGAUCCCCGGGGCCACGGAGAACUUGGAGGAGCCCGGGACCUCGGCCAGCCUACGCGAGGUCUCACAACGCGGGAGUCUGCAGCUGCUAGAGGCCGAGCUGUCUCGGUGCUGCUUGGCCGCGGACCUGGAGGAUCCCGAGGUACGAGCCGACCAACUCGUGGAGCAAGUGCUCCAGGAUGAGAAACAACGACUGAGCUCCGUUGGGGGUCACCUACACUUCUUGGACCUCACCAAGCAGGAGUUCCCCAUGGCCCCUCCAGACUUCCAUGACAGUAGGCCCGUUACAGAGACCCCGGACAUUGCUGUUGAGACAAUGCCGCUGCUCCGACAGGCUACACGAAGCCCGUCCCUCGAGCGUGAGGCUCUCCUGUGUCAGGCCGAGGGGCCUGAGGUUGCUGCUCUCACGACGGCGGCAAUCGAACACAUUGCCCGAGUAGAAGCUACUAAUACUACUGGAUGGCGCCAACCCUUUACGACACUGUUGGCUGGAGCCAUCUCACGACGCGGUCGGAAGGAACUCAGUUUCAAGGGCGCCUCCAGCGAGCUGAUCCGUAAAGGCGAGACGGCCCGUGCCCUGGAGGUCGACAAUCUGAUUCUGAAGGGAUGUCUACGGGUGGUACCCAAGAGAGAGGAGCAGGAGGUGAGGACCAAGUGGAGUUCCCGGUUCAUCCCAGGACGGUUUGUGAUGACUGAGAAGGAGGAGGAGGGCCAACCUACCCGUAUCAAAGCCCGCUGGUGCCUCAGGGGGUAUCUGGAUCCCGACCUAUCUGAACUGAUUCGAGAGGGGACGCUACAGAGUCCUACUAUUACGCCUUUCGGGAGAGCGGUAUGCUUGCAGAUGGUGGCGAGCCACCAGUGGGAUUUGCAAUUCGGUGACGUUCACUGUGCUUUUCCAGAAGCCAAGAACAUCAAGAGACGGGAACCGCUUUUCACGACAAUACCCAAGGGCGUUCCAGGACAUCCUGAGGGGGAGCUUCUGGAAGUUACCGGAAACCUGCACAGGAAAAAGAAUGUACCGUUUGAAUGGUUUCAGGAAUUCGAUGGCUGUUUACGACAACUUGGCUUCUGCCCCAGUCGAUUUGACCCCUGCCUCUACUUCCUACGAGACCACGGUAGUCUUGUGGGUGUGCUGGCUUGCCACGUGGAUGACAGCAUCACGGGCGGGCAUGGCGCCUUGUAUGACGAGGCUAUCCGACUCCUGCGCGAACGAUUUCCGUUUCGCAAAUGGCAGACCCACGCUGGCGAAUUCUGUGGCACCCACUACACCCAGGACCCCGAAACCAAAACCAUCCAGGGGGACCAGGCCAAGUUCGUGGAGAAAAUGCGGCCAGUUCGUUUUAGCCGACAACGACUGCGGGACCCCAAAGCCAAGGCCAACGCGACCGAGAUUGCCCAGGGACCUUCCU